AUGGAAACCUAUGGCAUCAAAGCAGUGUUGGAGAGGGGGGAAUCUAGUUCUGGUGGGAAAAGUGAGAGCAAAAAAUGGUUGAGAAAAACUUGUGCUCAUGGAGUGGAGGAACGUUUUAUCGGGAUGGAAGAGGAGAUAAGUGCAUUGGUAUCAAUGUUGCUUGAUGAUAAUAGGAAAUUCGGAGUUGUUUCAAUUUGUGGAAUGGCCCGAUUGGGAGUUGGCAGAGAAGUGAAGGAAGUUCAAUCCCUGCUGCAGCGGAUGCAGUGUUUCCUGGAGGACGUGGAUAAAAGGAAACAUGAAGAGUCCAGCUUCCGUAAUUAUGUAAAACAGAUCAGGGAUCUGGCCUAUCGGAUUGAAAAUGUUGUCGAGACUUAUGCUGCUAAAGUUGCAUCGAAAAGGGGAAGGAAGGACAUCUGCAGCAUGCUCAAAAGAUUUGCUUGUAUGCUGAGAGAAUCCACAAGCCUUCACAAGGUUGGUUCCCAGAUUGCAGAUAUCAAAACAGAGAUCAGCAACCUCACAGCGAGCAUGGAAUCUUUUGGCAUAAAAGCUGCAAUGGAUAAUGAGAGUUCAGAUGCAAGAAAUGAAAGAAGAAAAUGGUUGAGGCAAAGGUACGCCCACGAGGUUGAGGAAGACUUUGUUGGGAUGAAAAAGGACAUCAAUCAACUGGUAUCGCUAAUGCUUGAUCAUGCCAAGAGGGAUGCUCGAGUCGUUUCAAUAUAUGGGAUGGGUGGCUUAGGAAAGACAGCUCUUGCCCGAAAAAUCUACCACCACCGGGAACGCAGUUUCAAAGGCUUUGCUUGGCUUGCUCCAGAAAAGAAGGACGAGAUUUCUCGAAUGGGAGAGAGGGAAGUUGUGGAGGAGCUUUACAAGGUGCAGAAAGUGAAAAGUUGUCUAGUUGUUGUUGAUGACAUAUGGAGGGUGGAUGAUUGGAAUAGCCUUAGACCUGCCUUCCCAAUUGCUGAGGCAAGCCUCAGCAAGAUUUUGCUCACAACUCGCAAAGAAAAUGUAGCCAAGGUUGGCAUCCUGUAUCCACUUGGAUUUCUAAAUAAAGAGGAGAGUUGGGAAUUGCUCCAGAAGAAGGCAUUCUGCAGAAGAGAUCCUGGAGACUCAAGAAUUGAACCAAAGCUCGUGGAAGACUUGGGAAGAGAAAUGGUGGCCAAAUGUGGAGACGAACCUUUAGCAAUCUCUGUCAUUGGAGGCAUUUUGCGUGAAAAGAAUUGCUUAGAUGGUUGGAAGAAGGUGCACAAAGUCAUUGAUUCGUACUUAAGGAGGAGCGAAAGCAGUGAAGGAGAUCAAGCAAUAGUGCAAGUAUUGACCUUAAGUUAUGAUGACUUGCCUUAUCAUUUGAAACCAUGCUUUCUUUAUAUGAGCCAUUAUCCAGAAGAUAAAAUGAUACAAGCAGAAGAAUUGUGUUUGUGUUGGAUGGCAGAAGGCAUAGUUUCAUCAAGGGAUCAAGGAAAAGAAGAAACACUGAUGGAUGUAGCAGAACGCUACUUCAAUGAACUGGCGAGCAGAUCUUUAGUGCAGGUGCAAGCGGAUGAACAGUUUGCAGGAUCAAUGCAAUUUUGCCGCCUACAUGACCUUAUGCGAGAGCUGUAUCUGGCAAAGAGUGAAGAAGAAGAGUUCUUCCAGAUGGAAAACCACAUUCACAGAGGCCUCAUUCUUUCAAUUCUAAUAAUUACAAGGAUCAUUCAUUUGAUUAUAAUGUCAUACAAGAAUCUGCUCAACAACUUCGAUCCCUUUUGUUAUUCAGCUCAGGGUGUCCGUUUCAAUAAACUACCUCAACGUUUUGGUAGCUUGAUCCAUUUGAGGUUUCUAUGCAUAAAAGACUGUGGAGUGAAGGAGUUGCCAUCAUCCAUCUGCGACUUGCCAUUCUUACGGACCCUUGAUCUCAGAGAUGAUAUAACCAAUGAGGGUGACUGUGCAUUACCCAAUGCUUUGUGGAAAUUGAAGCAAUUGAGACACCUUUAUCUUAAUCGGAAGUAUCAUGCAGUAGGAGGAGAAAAAUUGACAUUGCAUGGCCUGGAUAAGUUGGAGACAUUGGAAGGAAUUGCAUGUGAACACAUGGAAAUUUCAGAUCUUUAUAAGCUGAAAAAUCUGCGAUACCUCUAUCAUGCAAAAGUUAAUGGAAACGAGAGCAUCUCCAAGAUGAUCAACUACAUUGAGGCUGCUAAAGACUUACGUGUCCAUCUAAGUUCAGACGCAGGUUUUGUUCUUCUCAAAAAGCUUUUGAUGAAUUGCAACAUUUAUGAGUUAAGUAUACAUGCAUCUAGUGCUCUGUGCGGCAAAUUACCCAAGCAAGCAUCUCAUUUGUGUCCAAGUCUCCAAUCUUUGACCUUGUCAGGCUGCGAAAUUGGGGAUGAUCCAAUGGACGCUCUGGAGAGGCUUCCCAAUCUAAGAAUAUUGAAGCUGGGAAUGCUGUCCUUUGUUGGAAAAAACAUGGUUUGUCAUGCCAGUGGCUUCCCUCAACUCAGGCAUCUUUUCAUUGACAAUAUGCCUGCCUUAGAAAACUGGACGGUGGAAGGAGGAUCCAUGCCACAUCUUUCUACUCUAACCAUUUGGGAUUGCAACAAGUUGUUGAGUUGGAUAACUUCUAGAGCUAAAGAAUCCUCUACUUAA